GCCCGCGCGAAAUUUCCGUCGCCCCUCGCCUUCGCACAUCGUCAUAUACACUGCAAACACACGACGACCGCUAGACGCGCCGCAGCCAUGGAGGCCCUCCAAUCCGCCCUCCAGCCCCUGACGCAAAACCUGCCGCAGCCCAUUGCCGACAUUGGCAUCUCGCUCCUCGGCCCCACAUGCUACCAGACGCUCAUCUACAACGUGGACCUCAGCGCAACCGAAUGCGUCAAGCUGGCCAUUUCCAAGGGCCUGGGCAUUGGCAUCGUCGGCGCCUCUGCCAUUGUCAAGGUGCCGCAGCUGCUCAAGCUGCUCAACUCGCAGUCGGCAGAGGGCCUCUCGUUCCUCGCGUACCUGCUCGAGUCGGGCGCCUACCUCAUUGGCCUUGCCUACAAUGUGCGCCGCGGCUUUCCGUUUAGCACCUACGGCGAGACGGCCCUCAUUCUCGUCCAGAACAUUGCUAUUGCCAGUCUGGUCCUCAAGUACAGUGGCAAGGGUUUGGCCGUUGCCGGAUGGGUCGGCGGCUUGUUGGCGGCGGGCGCUGCGCUGUUCAACGACCAGCUCGUGAAUGAAGAGAGGCUGGCUGUGCUGCAGGCUGGCGCUGGUGUCUUGGGCGUCGCCAGCAAGGUGCCGCAGAUUUUGACCGUGUGGAGUCAGGGCGGGACUGGGCAAUUGAGUGCUUUUGCUGUCAUCAAUUACCUCCUUGGCUCCCUCUCUCGCAUCUUCACCACCCUCCAGGAAGUCGACGAUCCCCUCAUCCUGUACGGCUUCAUUGCGGGUUUCGCCCUCAACGCCAUCCUCUUCUGCCAGGUCAUGUACUACUGGAACGCGCCCGCCUCCAAGAAAACAGAGUCCAGGAAACUUGAAAAACCUAUCGCAGCUGGUAGCCCCAACAAGGAAACUGUGCGAUCCGUGUCUAGCGGGCGGGCGGCGGGAAAGAGCCCUAGCACGAGACGCAGGGGGUAAUGACAUAUAUCCUAAUAAGAUAUAUUGUUUCUAGUAAUUUCAAUCC